AUGGCUGUAGCCAUUUUGGUUCAGGCCAUGUUGGCGCAGCAGAUGCGGACGCUGGAGCAGAGGGUGGAGGAGAACGAAGGCCGCAUCGGCAGGCUGCAGUCGGACCUCUCGCAGCUCCCGUGGUGGGGCGACCUCCUGAAGAGGGUCGAGCUGCUCGAGGGCGCCUCGAAGCGACGCGGCGACGCUGGCUCGCUCGGGAGUCCUGCCAGGGGCGCGUGGCAGGCUGCGGCGCGUCGCCUCGGCGAGCUCGAGGCGGCACAGAGCGCCGCCGAGGCGGCGGUGCACGGGCAGCUGGGGAUGCUGGAGGCCGACCAGGGGGACCUGCAGUCGCAGGCCGCGACGUUCGGCAUGCGCAUCGAGGCGCUGGAGAAGGGGCAGGCCUCCAGCUCCGCGGACAUCAAGGACCUCCAGAAGCGGCUCAGGAGGGAGGAGAACCGCCUCAACGAGGUCGCCCAGUUCGCCAGCGUCGUCCAGGAGGACAAGAUAUCCAGCCUCGAGGAGAAGUUCGACGAGAUGCAGCUCUGGCUGGACGGCCGGGAUGGCUCGCUCCCGUCGGCCCCAGCCCCGGCGGCGGCGCUCCAGCCGGCGGAGGGCGCCCCCCCGCCCGUGCAGGAGGGCAGGCUCGCUGCCGUCGAGCACCGGAUCGAGGAGAUCAGCGCGUGGAUUGCGGGGGCCCUGGAGCGCGGUGGAGGUCUGGCGCCGGCGCCCCUCCUGGAGGAGGCGCGCCCCGCAGCAGAGCACGACGCCGCUGCCGCACAGCAGGAGAAGAUCACGGCUCUCGAGCGACGGAUCGAGGAGCUUCACUCGUGGAUCGCCGCGCAGAACCGCGUCGCAACACCCAGGCAGGGGCCCGCCACCCCCCGGCAGACGCUGGGCACGCCCCGGAUGUCGCCCAGAGAUGCUGGGAGGCCCGUGCUGGCGAAGCUGCCGCUGGGCAACCUCGCGGCCGCCUCGGGGCUGCCCCCCCUGCGGGAGGCGGCCACGGAGCUGGGCGAGGAUGGUGCCUGCACUCCCAGGCAGGGGCCUGCCACUCCCAGGCAGACGCUGGGCAUGCCCCGGAUGUCGCCCAGAGAUGCUGGGAGGCCCGUGGUGGCGAAGCUGCCGCUGGGCAACCUCGCGGCCGCCUCGGGGCUCGCCCCCUUGCAGGAAAUUGACAAGGAGCUGGACGAGGAAGGGAGCGCGACGAGCCCGGUUGACGCCGCGGACAAGACUCUCGACGAGAGUUUCGACACAGAGCCACAGGGCGAGCGGGCGAACGAGUCCGAAGGUGGCCUGACUUGCAAUGUCGGGGAGCCCCACGAAGUCCCAGAGCUGCGGCCGCCAUCGCGUUUCCUGUCAUGCUUCUCCUUCGUCACGAAGGCCACUUCGAAGGCGUGCGAUCGGGCAGAUGCAGUCGGGGAGGCCAAGCCGCAGGAGAUGCUGCUGCCCCUGAUGGACCAGGUGCAGAGGCGGCUGGACGCGGGCCUGGCCGAGUGCGACGAGCGCGUGGCCCAACAGAUCGCUGCGCUGGAGCGACGCCUGGACGAGCUCCUUGGCAGCAGGAGAGAUCACGACGGCAGCCCCGCGCUGCCUGCGCCGGCGGCCGCCGCGCAUGCGCCCGAGGCAG